CCAAGAUCUGCCGCAUGCACUUUUAGGUCGACCCCACGAAGCCAACUUGAACAACAACAAAAGCCCCUCCAAGUCUGUCUUUGUCGGUUUUCUCUCUCCGGCCGUUACCCGUGGGUCACUAGCUUUCUGCUACACCCCCUUCUGCACGUGGGGUGCAGCAAAGCGUUCAAGUUCGAUGCAGCUCACGUGCAAAGUCCCUCGGUAACUCCAACCAGCGAUAUUUGGGGUUUAUGAUACUGUUUGGAGACAAUUCACAGCCACAGUGAGUGGUGGUGUUUGCCAGUAUCAUUCCACUUCAAGUUGCCUACAAUGUGUGGGGCUGCGGACAAGAUGGUGUUGCAAGGCUGGAAAAGACAGCACAUUCAUAGGCAUAAUAGCCACAGUAUUUGCUCUACAGUCUUCAAAUUUACCAGAAACGAAAAACAAAAGUCUAAGUCAGCAACAUGGGCAAACAAACGCCAGUUGAAAAGGUGAUCAUUGUCGGCGCCGGUCCAUCAGGGCUGUUGUUGGGCAUUCUUCUUGCCAAAAAAGGCGUCAAAGUCCAGAUCCUGGAAGCAUCCAAUGAACUGGACAAGAACCCGCGCGCUGCUCAUUAUGCACCAUCUGCAGUGUAUGAACUAGACCGCGCCGGUGUUCUGGAAGAUGUGAAGGCGCAAGGCAUCCACCCCGAUGCAGUCUGCUGGCGACAUCCCGAUGGAACUUUUAUCGCCGGCAUCCGAAGCCGCACAGACAUCAAGUACCCCAUGGUCUGUCUCCCGUUGGAUCAACUAGACGUUAUUCUACUCAAGCAUUUCCUCGAUCAACCCAACACCGAGGUUUUGUGGCAACAUAAAGUUGUCUCGAUUGAUCAGGACGAAAACGAGGCCCGAGUGCAUGUCGAAACGCCGACUGGAAAACAAACCUUUGCCGCUGAUUAUGUCAUUGGAUGUGAUGGCGCCAACAGCCAGAUCAGACGGUCAUUGUUUGGAGAUUUGAACUAUCCAGGAGAGACCCUGCAGAAACAAAUCAUUGCGACCAAUAUCUACUAUGACUUCCACAAGUUUGGCUAUUGGGAUUCCAAUUUCAUCAUCGACGAAAAUGACUGGUACAUGGCGGCGAGAAUCACCAAAGACGGGUUAUGGCGAGUGACGUAUGGCGACGUUUGGGGAUUGUCCAACGAAGAGUAUCUCGCACGGCAACCCGCCCGAUUCGAGAAGAUCUUGCCCGGAAAUCCCAAGCCAGGCGAUUACAAGCUCGUGAGUGCCAGUCCGUACAAACUGCACCAACGAUGCGCCGAGUCGUUUCGGGUCGGAAGAUUUCUGCUUGCUGCCGAUGCUGCGCACUUGUGCAAUCCAUUCGGCGGACUCGGAUUGACCGGAGGGAUCGCGGAUGUCGGUAGUCUUUACGAUGCACUUGUCGCUUUGAAGGAGGGCAAGGCCGAUGACAGCAUUCUGGACAAGUAUAGUGAAGUGCGGCGGAAAAAGUGGGCGGAAAUCAUCGAUCCCAUGUCACGAGCCAACUUUCGUCGCGUCUGUCUGGAUGAGCCCGAGAAGGACAGAAAUGAAUUCUUUGAAUUGUGCCGAAGGAUGGAAAAAGAUGAUGAGCUAGCUCGACAAAUGGCGGAGGGAACAAAUGUUCUACGAGACGACCUCAGCGAGUAUUUGACAGCAGCGGCAUAGCAUUUGGUGUAGGGCGAACACUAUGAGAGGAUUCUUUCGAUGUAGAAAUUGAAUCAUAGGCGGCUCGUCUGCUCUGCGUACAAUUUUAGCGUCUCUUCUGAUCAGUG